GAACUACUGGACGUUGCUCGAGGACGAGUCCUUAUUCGCAUUCUUUCUGUCUCUAUCGGCAGCGAUACGAGGAUUCUCUCGCGACGUGGUACAAGUAGUGAUCUCACUCCCAGGAGUUAGCCGUGUCCGAGACUAGCUUUGAGCGGGAGGAGAAGAGCGAAGUCGAAGAACGACAGUCAAGAAAGACAGAUAAAAAGAGAAGAAGAGAGAGCAUACGAAAGUCUGCGAACGAGGCAAAGAAAGAUAAAGAGAAAGAGAGAAAAAGAGAGAGAGAAGAGAGAGAGUGACGAAGAGGUACUAAGAAAGGGGACAGAGGAAGAUAGAAGACGUGGUGGGAGUGACUCCGGGCGUUAGCAAGAGAGCGAGAGAGGCGGGUAGAGGGAAAGGAGAGAUAGAGACUCGACCAAGAGAAGGAGCGGUGGGAAUUUAUAAGGAUGUUCGCGAUAAUGCCGAUGGAGACAGAGGGGCACGGCAGGGAGUUCGGCCGGCGGCAGAAGAUGCGCGCCAAGUGCACGGUAGAGUUCGUCUGUAAGUACUGCCAGCGGCGCUUCACGAAGCCCUACAACCUCAUGAUCCACGAGCGCAGCCAUAAGGACGACGUGACCUUCACCUGCGAGGUCUGCGGAAAGACCUUCAAGCGGCAGGACAACCUCAAGCAACACAGAUGUGGGUGGCGGUGAACGGGAGCUCUGAACCUCCUGCACCUUGACACAUGCACAACACACACACACAUACACACACACACACACACACACAUACACAGAGGCACGCACGCACGCACGCAUACAAAAUGGACACACCAUUAAUAAUACAAACUGCAACAAUAAUGGCAACUGCAACAAUAACACUAGACAACAGAGUAUGACAAUAAUUGCAACACCACUACAACCAUGCACUUUUUUAUUUGAUUAUCCGCACUUUUUCCCGGUCGUGGCGAAUGCACGAUCAACAACUAUGUCACUACCGCCACCACAGAAAAAAAACCCCAGCAUGUGUAUACUACUUUUUCUUCUUCUCUUCCAUCUUCCUCUACUUCUUCUCCUCUGUCUGCCUCUUUCGCUAUUUCGUCUCCUCACUAUGUCUGCGACUUUUACUACCCUUACGGCGACUUCUUCAUCGUCGGCUAUUUCUUGUACUAACACAGCGCGCACGAGUCCCACGCUUUAACGAGACGGCAGAAAUGAUUGAUAGAUAGAAAAGGAAAUUUAAAGGAUGAAUGGGAAGGAAGCGAAGGGUUUUCCCUGGAAAUGUACUUUCCUCAUCUUCCGAUUUCAACCAUCUUUGUUCCAGGAGCAUACACUCUGUUCCCUACAAGGGCUCCAACGGCUACUCAAAUGGCUAUUCAAAUGGCU